AUGUCAAAUCAUAUAAAUCACCCCUUCCACCUCGUAGAUAAAAGCCCCUGGCCUAUUUUAAGAGCCUUCAGAGUAAUAAGAUUAGUUAGAGGUCUAGCUAAAUGAUUUCAUACUUUUAAUAUAGACUUGGCAAUCCUAGGCAUUUUGUCUACCACCCUAGUGAUAAUUCAAUGGUGACGAGACGUAGUCCGCGAAGGAACUUUCCAAGGCCUCCAUACAAGUAAGGUUGGCGUAGGGCUUCGUUGGGGAAUAAUCUUGUUCAUUGCCUCAGAAGUUUUAUUUUUUGUCUCAUUUUUUUGGGCGUUCUUUCACAGUAGCCUUGCCCCCGCCGUUGAGCUGGGAAGAGCUUGACCCCCCCUUGGUAUUAAACCCUUUAAUCCAUUUCAGAUCCCCCUUCUAAAUACUGCUAUUCUUUUAGCCUCGGGGGUCACAGUUACUUGGGCACACCACGCUUUAAUGGAAAAUAACCAUACUCAAGCUUUUCAAGGAUUAUUUUUAACAGUCUUUCUCGGCUUUUACUUUACCUCUUUACAAGCCCUAGAAUACUUUGAGGCCCCUUUCUCUAUCGCCGACGCUGUAUACGGAACCACUUUUUUUGUGGCAACAGGGUUUCACGGACUUCAUGUUAUCAUCGGGACAACUUUCUUACUAAUUUGCCUUAUCCGUCAUACCCUUCAUCAUUUUUCUUUUACCCAUCAUUUUGGGUUUGAAGCGGCAGCAUGAUAUUGGCACUUUGUUGACGUUGUUUGACUAUUUCUUUUUAUCUCUAUCUACUGGUGGGGCAACUAA